AAAGCAGCGAAGUUCGCCCCACGCAUCGCGCAGACUAUACCACAAGAUAACACCCGUGUGCUCCGUACAAGGUCCUUACAAUACACUCAAUGUAAACUAACUUGUUGCCAACUGGUAGUAGAGUGGUAGUAGUGGAAGGACCGUCGCGCUCUCUCUCUUCCAAACGUCGGGGAUUUAUAGAUUCGCGAAACUUUCCCGAGAGUACUAAUUGCAGGAUGUUAUCCUUUCCAGAUCUAACAAAACUUUGUGGAGUUAUGAUGAUAAUUAUGGCGUAGUCAUGAUGAUAACAGAGGAAAAGCGACGUGGAGCCAAAAGAGUUCGGAAUGAAUGAAUGAUAACUUAUUGGAAGUCAAGUGGUGUUUACAUAAUGGAGUUUUUACGCAGACAAGUGGAAUGUUUACAGACAUUGUCGUGAGCACAGAUCGCUGUCCACCAUCACCAUGAUCAAGAAACUUUGAUACAACUUUAAGUUUGUGAUUAUUUAUCAUUAAUGUUGCAGGAUCAGAGGAAACAUAUCAACAUGUCUGACUCUGUGUCCGUCAAUUCGAGUGCAAGCAGUGGCGGUGGAGCUGGUGGUGGGGGGCUUCCGCAGCCUACGCCGACGUACAGCCGUCUGCUGGCCCUAAGCCUCCGGGGGGAAUGGGGCAGUGUGGAGACCCUGCUGCGGGCCGUGGAGAAAGGUGACCCAGAGAUAACAAUAACUGACGAGGAAACUGGUGUAUCUCCAUUGAUGCUUGCAGUGAAAGAUAAUAAGCUCGUAGUAGCAGAGAGGCUUCUGGAACUUGGAGCUAAUAUCAACGAAAGAGCAAAAGAUGGUCGUGCAGCGAUUCACUUUGCAGCGACCUCAGCUAAGGAUGACAUGAUGAAGCUUAUGGUACUCAAGAAAGCAGAUGCUACUGUCCAAGGAGGGUUUCUGCAGCAGCUUCCCUUACACAUGGCCGCGACGAGAAGCAGCGGGGGUCUGACAUUGGUUCAACAACUCCUACGCAUUUCAGGCAGAGAGGCACGCCUUGCCAAAGAUGCGGAUGGUUCGAUACCUCUCUUCUUAGCGGUCCAAGCAUCUAACAUGUUACAUGACGAUGGUUCGAUACCUCUCUUCUUGGCCGUCCAAGCAUCCAACAUUGCUGUCUGCAAGGAGCUUCUCUCAAACUUCAAGGAGGAGCAGUUAAAGCAUUCCAGAGAUGAGGAUGGAGAUACAGUCCUUCAUUUAGCUUGUAGAAAGAAAGAUCUAGAUAUCAUUAAAUCAUUUGUCGAUAAUGGGAGCCCUGUGGAUAUACAGAAUGAGACUGAUUAG